GUGCGCUCUCUGCGGUUUACUUUGUUUACAUUCGAAAUUAGCCGAAUAAGAAGCGGUGUCCCCACUUUAGGUGGAUUUUAGGCCGUCGUACAAGUUUUUCAACUUAGAAUGGCUGGACGAAGUCUGCGUUUUGAAUACGACAUUGGGGAAAUUGUAUUAUGCUUUGAGCCAGACCCUACAAAAGCAAGGGUUCUGUAUGAAGCGAAGGUUGUUGAGCAGCGGACUGUGAAAGACUCAGCUGGCAAGAAAAGACCAGCUUAUGUUGUUCACUUUCAAGGAUGGAACAGCAGCUGGGACCGUCAAGUUGGAGACAGCUACGUUUUGAGAGAUACAGUAGAAAACAGAGAGCUGAUGAGAAAACUAGCAGAUACAGCCAAAAAAUUUUGUCGCAAGAACAGUCAAAGGAGACAAAAAAUCAAUGCAAUUUUGCAUCAAGCUUUUGGAGGAGCACCACCCGAUUUUGGGAGCGUUUCUGAGAGUGAUGAUACGGAAGAAGAAUCAGAAACUGGCAAAAGACCUGGCAGAAGCAAAUCAAGUCAAGAUAAGAAAAAACAGAAAACAAGCCUGGUUGAAUUUGAAAUACCAGACAGCCUGAAAGUUCAACUAGAAGAUGAUUUUGUUCUAAUAAAUAAGAAAAGCAAGCUGACGCAAGUGCCUGCAAAGCCCUGUGUGGUGGAUAUAUUGGAAAGCUUCAUGAAGACGUUCUGUGUGAACUAUCUGUGUGACCCCAGCGGGGGUCGGGAGAAGACCCGCAACAGCAGCAGCAAGCACACUCUCAAGUGUCCCCCAGACAAAUGUGUUUCCUUAUGCAAAGAGUUUGUGGACAGCUUACGUGUUAUCUUUGACUUCACCCUGCCUGUGAUUCUCCUCUAUGCGGCAGAGCAACAACAAUAUGAGACGGCACUUAAAGACAUCAAACCUUCAGACUCAUCUGGGAAAGAUAUGGACGGUUCAUCCAAUGAAAUGCUUCAAAGAGGAGAAAGAUUCACUUCAUCAUCCUCGCAUCCUAAAGGUAAAAGUGAAAAACUGAGUAAGCAGCAACAGCAGGAGCUGUCCUCUCCAGUUCCCUCGUCCCAUUCAUCGACUUCAUUGCCUCAGGACAAAGCCCCUCUGCGCCGUGUCACUCGCCAGGCUGCCAUGGACGUCCCGCGGUCAGAUGUGGCCCAUGGCACACAGCAGCAAAACUCCCAAAACUCGCCCCACCCACCAAAGUCAAGAAACCCUUCAGGACACAAGAGUCCGAAACAUCCUGGCCAUUCAUCCCCCAAGGCGACCCGCAGACAUGAUAAAGAUUCUGUGGAACUCCACCACUCUGAGCCUAUCAUCCCCAUUGCCUCGCGUACAAGACGACGGUCCCAAUUUGACACUGCGGAAGUUUCUGGGGAGGUGCUGGUCAAACAGGAGCCAGGAAGUGAUUCAGAGAUAGAAUUGUGCUUACCCACGCUACCGUCUCCAUCACAGCCCGAGGUGGUCACAACGAAUGGUCUGGAAGGUGCCUGCUCCGCGGCGGGCACGGAGAGUAUGACGAUGGGGUCAUCUAGAGGUCGUGAGGAUGCCAUGGACAGAAUUCUAGGCUGGCAGUUAUUGCCGCACGACGUCAAGGUCCGGAACCCCAUUACCCCGUCGCAGAUCUAUGGCAUUGUUCAUUUGCUACGCAUGUUUGUAAAGUUACCAGAUCUCCUAAAGAAAAUGAAAAUGAAAGAAGUCCAACUACAAAUUAUCAUCAAGUUCAUUCACCAUUGCCUACAGUACCUUGUUGAUCAUCAGAAUGAGCUGUUUCACGACCAGACCUACGUGAAGGCAUGACCACAGCUAUUUCUUAUGUGUGUGAAUCAACUGAGGAUUUGUAGAAAUCAAAAGAACAAAAUUGUUUUUGCCUGUUGUGGAAUCUGAUGGUAAUUUGUUUACCACCAUUGAGUGAGUGCAUACAUGAAAGGUAGAUCUCGAUGAAGUACGGACGAGAUUUUUGAUAUUUGAGAACCAGUUUUUUUCUCAAGUUUAUCGCAGGAAGUGUUCUUUUUGACAGGUUUUUCUCCUCUGGCUAUUGUUGAUCCAGAGAAUGUUUGGGUAUUCCGGGUUUUGUUUUGUUUUUGCAUUGUCUAUUGACCGUUGCAUUGUCAAUGGUUCUCUCUUCAAGUGUUCAUGUCACGGUUAUUGUGUUGACUCUGAAAAUUUUUCUGUAAUACUACACUGUUGAUGCUUUUAUGAAAAGUUUGUAUAUUUGUGAAUGUAGGAUCUUUUCGAAAUUGUACAAAUGUUUCUGUCAGGUUGUACAGAUGAUAUGAAUGCUCCUCCGGCAGCUUGGUUUGUUUUCUUGUUUAUUAGCUCAUUAAAACUGUUCUGGUGGUACAACGCCCUGCAGUCUCCACAAUGGUCUCACCUCGCGAGCCAUAUAUAGGAACGGCAUUGUUUACUGGGGUUUUUUUUUACAAGAUGGCCUCAAGGAAAUAAAAGGGGACAAGUUUACUAUAAAAUGAAGUUUGCCCAUUUUUAAACCGGUCUUCUUUCAUGUAGAGCGUGCAGAAGUUGACAUAAACAUAUUUUGUCCCUUGUGUUUUGGAAGUAAUUUAAGGCUGCAUGUUCUGGUAGCGCAAUAAAAAGAAUUAUUGUACUAUUUUGUGCUUUCAAUUCUAAUACCGAAUAGAAAAAUAGUGGUUGGCAUUAGAGUUUUAGUUUUCUUUUUUGUUUCAUGUUUGUGUGGAUAGUUUCUACCUUUAUUUGGGGAAUCUAUUACAGAAUUAAAAUAUAAAAAAGACUACCUCAAAAUACAACUCCCCCACAGUGCAAAUCAGGAAUCGGAGUGAAAAAUCUCAGUGAGUUGAUGUUUCUCAUCACUGUUUCAUGCAUAUGAGACAGUGGAACAUCACCUUUUCCUCUGUACAGCCCUAAAUGACAUCAGAGUCAGAGCUGCACUUCUCCCUCUGAGACCUAACUUUGACAACACACUCUACGGAACAUUACAGCAACUGCAACAAACCUGCACUUAUCACAACAUGGCAUCGGACAGAAGGGCGAGAACCCAACUGUUGCUGGAUCAAUAACAACAACCGCAACAACAACACCAAUGUUUGAUGUCUCAGUUGGAACUGAAGUUCAUCACAUUUUGGUAAAAAUGAGCUAAACAUUUUUAAAUACUGUGGUACGGUAGGAAAAAUCUGAUUGAUUACAUCAAAUAACUGAGACUUUUUAAAGUUAGAAUAUGACUGUUAGAUUUGUAGGUUCUUAUUGAUUUUAGUAGGCUACUUUUAAAAAAAUGGAACUUCUGCCCCGUCCAUCGUUAAAUGCAUUCAUAUAUAUACAUACAUGUUUCUUCUUUUUGUACAAUAUUUUAGGGUUGUUUUUUUUUUCUAUUUUAUGUAUUUUGUUCCACCUUGUAUCACAUGCUAAAAAUCAUCUUUCAUAGAAGGACACACUCUAAGAGAUGUCUAAUACUAAUAUUAAUAAUGCAUGGGUAGUGUGUCUAAAUGAGUGUCCGCCAUAUUUUCAUUGUUUUUCCAGAUCCAGUUUUUCUGUUUUUUAUGGUUACGUUUUUUGUUGUUGUUAUAUUUUGAAAAAAUGAAUUUUUUUUUUUUUUCUCUUAGUAUAGAUAUGUUUUUGUAUGCUUUAGUUUUAGUCAUUGUAAAAGUUUACAUGGUACUUGGCAGGUACUUUAUUCUCUUCAAUUUCUUUUUCUUGUGUUACUUUUGUCUAAGUUUGUGUCUUGGCCUACGUGCCUAAAGUAUUGAAUAUAAUAGCAGUGAUGGGCAAACUAUAGCUUGUGGUCCAAAUUCGGCCCCCCAUAAAGUUUUGUAGGGCCCAUGGAGAAAUGUGAAGAAUUGUAAAAAAAAGUGAAGAAUGGGUACAUUUUCAUAAAGUAAUCGUAUUUGUCAUGGUGCUUGAGCGAGAUGUAUACUUUAUAAAAGUGUUUUUGAGAAAUUUACGCCUUUUGUCUUUUGUUUUCUCAAUAAAAGAAAAGUAAGGUUACUAGGCACAUUAUAUCCAGUUUUGAAAGGUUUUGCUGUUCAUUGCCCAGUCAAAGUGACCCUUAAUCCAAAUAGUUUACACAUCCCUGAGUUUUAUUCUGAACUGUCAGUAUGUGUGGUUGUCACCUUGAGCCUGUUUCGUGUCUUCAGCUGACAAUCACUAGGCCAGCAGUCUUAACUCUUUAACUUAAGGAUGUAGCAGACAUAUAUAUAUAUCUGCAACUAAGAGCUCAGCAGCAAGGUUGCUGCAGCAUAUUUCGAACCAUCAUGCACAGAGUCAGACAGACAAAUUUGCAUAAUCAAUAAUAUGCAUGUUUUCCCCUGCCCUUUCAAAGUUUCAGAUUAUAAAGAAAACAGUAUGGAAAAGUCUGUAUGAAUAAUGAAGUCAUGCUUCUUUCUUAAAGGGCCCCCAAAACAGCGCAUCGUCAAUGUGUUAACCUUGUUGGAGGUACUAAACCCUGUAAGUUUCAUAUGUGUGCUUUCACAGAACCCUUGGAGUGGGGUGAUUGGAACAGACACAUACAUGCACAAUUUGUGUGUGUCUUGACCUCUGCCAAACUCCCCGAGACUGACUCACAGGACCCCUGGGGUUAGAUUGAACCCAGGUUUAUAAGAACCACUGAUCAAGGCUGUACCGUUUGUGACCUAGAUACGCUGUAAGGUCUUUCACCUAGUUGUGGCAGUUGUAGUGUUUGUGUUUUAAAGUCAAUCAUUUUGUCCUGCCUUAUUAUGACAUUUGGAAAGAUUUCCUUGGAUUCUGUUAGUUCUUUUUAAAAAAUUCUCAGUGUGCAAGCCUGUUCAUCAUAUGUAUACAUCAGAAGAAAUACAAAUUGCCUCGUCACCUUUUGUAUUUUUUAAAAUGAGUUGUCAGUUUAGUGGCAUGUAUUUGUCUAUCACUAUCAAUGACAGUCAGGUCAUGUAAGGAGUAAGAGGAAAUGUCUUUCUUUAUAUUAUGCAGACUGACCAUUUUGGUUAUAAUUUUGGGUGAAUAUAAGACAGUUUUGUUAUAACAGAAGGAGGAGAGCACAUUGUUCCUGGUUUAUUAUAGUAGAUCUGCAGGGAUAAGUAAUGUAUAACCCAUCCCCCCCCCCCCUCCCACACACGUUUUCACACAUCAUGACGAUCACAGCCCACUUUUUCCUGUUCCUGGGAGACAUAACGGCGACCCUUCAGUGACCCCCAGAUGUUGCACACUAGAUCAAUAUAUCAACAAGUUCAAAAUGGGGAUUAUUAUAUGUUUACUGGUCUGUAUUUCCACAAUAAGAGACUUUAAUCCCUCUACAUGUGUGAUUAUGUGCCUGGGGUUUUAAUUUUUAAAAACCCACACAACUGAGGAGUUAUGAACAUUAUAAAGAAAAGCAUAACGAAAGAAUGAGUGAGACUGAAUCGUAAUAAAAUUUCUUAACAUGU